AUGUCGUCUAGGCCAUCAUUAAAGGCUCAUGGUCUUAAAAGGCUAUCUGAUGCUGACGCGAGUUUGCUUAUGUCUAGAUUUUCAGAAAUUGAAGUCAAGGAGGUGGUGUAUGGGUGCGGGGAUGACAAAGCACCGGGCCCGGACGGUUUUAAUUUUAAGUUUAUAAAGAAGUUUUGGAGCAUUCUUUCAGCCGAUUUUAUGAAUAUUAUGAAUGAUUUUUAUGAGACGGGUUUCAUAAGUCGGGGUGUUGGAUCUUCAUUCAUAACUUUAAUACCUAAAAAUUCGGCUCCUUCGAGAUUGGGAGAUUAUAGACCAAUAACUCUCAUAGGAGUGACAAGCAAGGUGAUCUCUAAGGUAUUGGCAAAUCGGCUCAAGAAAAGUGAUAUGCUUCGUCAAUUGGGGUUUCCUUCACGGUGGUGUCAAUGGGUCGAAGGUAUUUUGGUGUCAGCUAGAUCAUCGGUUCUUGUCAAUGGUGCUCCUACUUUUGAGUUCGAUUGCAAGAAAGGUAUACGUCAAGGUGAUCCUCUAUCGCCAUUCUUGUUCGUUAUUGUGAUGGAGGCUUUGUCUAGCUUAUUCAAAAAAGCAAGUGAUAUUGGGGUUUUUGAUGGCAUGCGUCUCCCAAAUGGUGGCCCUGAGGUAAAUCAUUUUUUAUAUGUAGACGAUGCUAUGGUUUUGGGGAAAUGGACGAAUUUCAAUUUUAACAACUUAAAGAGAAUCUUGAGAAUAUUCAUAUAUGUUCGGGCCUUCGUAUUAAUAUCCAUAAAUCUACAUUAUACGGUAUGGGGGUAG